CGGCUGAAAGGAAAAAGCUAAUGCUUUAAACAUCGGUGAGCAGACACUCAGCAUCUCCUCCAGACUCUGGACAAGGUUGGCCAGCUCACUGCAGCAUUAAAUCACGUUUUGAAAGCACGGGUCGAGUCUGUGCGGGGACUGGGAGCCGCCGUCGCCGCAGUCAAGGAGCUCCUGUCCUGACUUGGCUGUGAGGACGAAACACCAGUCAGCUACACGCCCUGACAAGAGCCUAAGAUGCCCUAGGCCGGGAGGAGGGAAAUGUAAAUGGCUUCCAAAGUAAAAGAUGCUGUGGUGUGGUACCAGAAAAAGAUUGGCGCCUAUGAUCAACAGAUAUGGGAGAAAUCAGUGGAGCAGCGAGAAAUAAAGGGCUUGAGGAACAAGCCAAAGAAGACAGGACAUGUCAAACCAGACCUUAUAGAUGUGGACUUGGUUAGAGGUUCGGCGUUUGCCAAGGCCAAACCAGAGAGUCCGUGGACGUCACUGACGCGUAAAGGCAUUGUCAGAGUCGUCUUCUUCCCGUUCUUUUACCGAUGGUGGAUCCAGGUCACCUCCAGAGCCAUUUUCCUCUUACUGCUGGCUCUCUACCUGCUGCAAGUGGCAGCAGCGGUCCUGUAUGUGACCAUCCCCCAGCCUCAUGGGAUACCAACCACCGAGGUGUUUGGAGCCAUCUGGCUCAUGUUGCUGCUGGGCACCGUCCACUGUCAGAUCGUCUCCACCAGGACCCCGAAACCUGCCUCCAGCAGCGGAGGGAAGAGGCGCAGGAAGUUGAGGAAGGCAUCUCAGAUGGAGGUGCAUAGGGAAGGCGACGGGUCUAGCACUACCGAUAACACACAGGAGGGGGCGCCACACUCCCACUCAGCCAGCACCACAUACAGCCUGGGCGCUCUCUUCCAAGAUUUCUGGCAUGAUAUCUGUAAAGCUGGAUCUAAGAAGUCCAAACUGUCCAUUGACAAGUCGACGGAGACAGACAACGGCUACGUGUCGCUGGAUGGCCGGGUGACCAAUCGCAGCAGCGAGGAGGGGCUUCAGCUCCACGAGCAGAGAUGCGAUUCCUUAAACAGGGGGGAGGAGGUGUGCUGGAACUCUCACGUCCAGCCGGCACAUGCUCACACACCCCGCAGCACGGGGCUGAUGCUGGCGAGCAGCAACAAGGAGCCAGCGUCAGAUGAGGCGUCCAGUGAGGAGGACCCUGAAGCAUCCUACAGCGCCCUCCGCAGGGGAGUGGAAAGAAUGAACAGCGACUGUACGCUCAGAAACCGCAAGAAUACACACCACUACAAGAAACACUAUGCUGUGGAGGAUGUCCCCAAGUCUGGCACCAGCUGCAGCUCCAGAUGUUCCAGUCUGAGGACUCAGGACUCAGAGAGCACUCGACACGAGUCCGAGACAGAGGACCUGAUGUGGGAAGACUUCCUGCACUGUGCCGAGUGCAGAUCAUCCUGCACCUCAGAGACAGAGGGAGAAGGAGGAGGGACGCCUGUCUGUCCCCCUGCGAAAAAGGAAUACAGAGACGACCCUUUCCAUCAGGGUCACGUUCCCUGGCUGCACAGCUCCAACCCUGGUUUGGAGAGAGUGAGCGCCAUUGUGUGGGAGGGAAACGAGUGUAAGAAGGCCGACAUGUCCGUCCUGGAGAUCAGCGGCAUGAUCAUGAACAGAGUGAAUCUCUACACUCCUGGUAUUGGUUACCAGAUCUUUGGGAACCUGGUUUCAGUGACGCUCGGCCUCACACCUUUCGCGUACAGGCUGGCUCAGUACCGUGACUUGGAUCAGCUGACCACGCUCUCAGCCAAUGAGCUGCUCUCUGUGGCACUGGGAGGCGGGUCUGGAUCAGACGCCUUGGUCAUCACCAUGGUAACACUCAGCUUCGUGGUGCGCGUUUGCCUUAUAUGGCUCUUCUUCUUCCUGCUCAGUGUAGCAGAGAGGACCUACAAACAGAGGCUACUGUUUGCCAAGCUAUUUGGUCACCUGACUUCAGCGCGCAGAGCCAGGAAGUCUGAAGUCCCCCAUUUUAGGCUGAAGAAAGUUCAGAACAUCAAGAUGUGGCUGUCGCUACGCUCCUACCUCAAGAGACGGGGUCCUCAGCGUUCAGUGGAUGUGAUUGUGUCGUCUGCCUUCCUGCUCACUCUGUCUGUUGUCUUCAUCUGCUGCGCCCAGUUGCUCCACGUCCAUGAAACGUUCCUGGAGUGUCACUAUAACUGGGAGCUGGUGAUCUGGUGCUCCAGUCUGUCUCUGUUCCUGCUCAGGUUCGUCACUCUGGGCUCCGAGACCAGCAAGAAGUACAGCAACACCUCCAUACUGCUCACCGAACAGAUCAACCUGUAUCUGAAGAUGGAGAAGAAGCCAAACAAGAAGGAGGAGCUGACACUGGUCAACAACGUCUUAAAACUGGCUACCAAACUACUCAAGGAGUUGGAUACUCCUUUCAGGUUGUACGGUUUGACUAUGAACCCUCUGCUCUACAACAUCACCCAGGUGGUCAUCCUGUCCGCCGUGUCGGGAGUCAUAUCUGACCUAUUAGGGUUUAACCUGAAGCUGUGGAAGAUCAAAUCAUGACAGUGAAGAGAGAACCAGCGUUGACCUUCACUCUCACUGACUGACUACCUGAAUGCUCAUCUGACUGAUCGAUCUAACGGUCGACUGACUCAAAGACUGAACGUCGGCCUCGACAUAUCGGAGUGCUUUCACCUUCAACGUUCCCACUUUGUGCAAUUACACUAUUUAUUUACCCACUCAGUGUUUUUACUUAGGGUUUAUUUCAAUUGUAGUUUGUUUCAUUUGUGUGUUCCACGACACAAAACAAUGCGUUGUUAUUUUACCUGUCUACAAAAGUGUUAGUAUUAUUAAGCAUAAAUUAUGUUUAACGUGAUGGUUUAGGUUCUCAGCUGCGUUUCCACCAGUUCAGUUUUCAUUUCAGCUCAACCACACAUUUGAAGGCGAAGUUCGGAGCUGCCGACGGGACAACAAUCAUUCAUUGUCAUUUUUGUGUUCUAUUUUCUUAAACUGAAAGUUAUUAUUUAUAUGUUGAGCAAAUUUUAAAACAAAACUUCAAACUCUGUUACGACCUUAAAGUCUGUUUUAAAAAUACAUGUGUUAGUCCAGUGGUUUUCUUCAUACAGAAAAGAAAUUGGAAUUAGUCGAGGUGACUCUCUAGUUCAAACGCAAACUAAUGGUUACAGUUUAAUAAAUUAUUUUGUAGAAGACGGUUUAAACCACAGAGUAUACUCCUGGCAUUUAACAAACCUCUACUCUCUACUCGUACCAGCUCCCAGGUGUAAGCGCUUUUUAAUAAUUACAUUUACACAUCUGUUAAUGGAUGUUAACAUCACCGUUCUGCAGGUGACUUUUUUAAUCUGCUGACUUACUUGAGAUAACUGUUCCCAGGUUUUGUUCUCACCAGGAGAGGCACAAUGCCAGACGACAUCAGCACUGCAAAGACACAAUCAUCCAGUUAAUGGAAAUAACAGAACGUGGAGAACAGGUGACAUUUACAGAAAACUCUGAAGUUUAAACUGAUUUUUUUUUUCUUUUUUUAGUUUUAAUUUCAUGACCCUGAUACCUGGGUUUGACAGUAUUUCCAGUCAUAACGUGUGUACUGUAGUCUCACGUCCUCACAGAAGACGAUCCGUUAUUGAUUUCCGUUAGAGCGUGACGACUUCUAACUUUGGCCUAUUCGCUGCAGGUGAAACAUCCUAAAUUAGUAAACAUAAUCACUUCCUUUAGCUUCUGAUUAGCUCUGAUCACAUGCGGUUUUCUUGUUUCCUUGAUGAUCUAGAUUCAUUGAGUAAAUUUACACAGAUUUUUUUGUUUCUGGAAGUCAAGGAUCCUUCCUUGAUAGGCCAUACCUUCAAGGAAGGAUCCUGCAGAGGCAAGGCAAGAGUCCUUCCUUCCUAGCAUUUGAUAAACACACAUUGGAACAGGCUAACGAGUGUCCUCAGGUAUACAUCAUUAACCUUUGGGGGGGGGGGGG